AUGGCGUCCAUUCCGUGCGGACCCUGUUCGAGAUAUGAACUUCCCGAUAAUUCGACUGACACAGCCGACGAUACUUCUGUUGAAGGUUAUGAACUCACCCGACAGCCCCGACCAGCAUCCUGGAGUCACCCUGACACUCUUGCACUUCUGUCACCCGGGUCUCUAUCGCCUGGGUCUCUAGAGUAUAUCGACAACACCGAGCCAACACCCGACGCACCACCUAUCGACCCAGAGCCCCCUGCUGUCCGCAACAGAACCAUGACAAUGAACAUCCCCCUCGACGACGUCGACCUCGUGCAGCUAUUCCUCCGCCCGGACGGCUCCGUCAAGGGCAUCAGCUUCAACUACGGGGACUCGGACCUGGCGGACCUCGGCUGCUGCAUCGCCGAGCCGGGCUGCUGGUACGCCUUCCUCCAGCCGCGGUGGCUCCUCUUCACGCCCGCGCCGGGGGGCCACCGCGUCGGCGGCCGCGGGUUCUUCCCCGUCGAGUGCAUCAGCUUCGGGAACGUCCGCGAUCUGGGUGACGGGGUCGAGACGAACGCUGUCAGGAUGGAAGGCUCGCUGGUGUUCCGCCUCUCCCCGGACGGGCUGGAGAUUGACAUGAGCGGUGAUGUGGGAGUAUAUGGGACCGCGCCCAGGCGCGGCAAGAGGACCUUCGAGCGGGCGGCGCGAGCUGUCAAGGGCUGGCUUGGAAAGCACUGCGUUCUCUUUCGGCUGUCCAACAAAAUGUCGAGAUAUUGGAAAAUAGGCCAGCAGACUCGCUAA